UUGGGGUACACUGAGGAAGAUGCAGUGUGUGUGAGGAGGGUUGUGAGGGACUUGAGGUAUGCCAGGAGAGGGUCAAACCUGCUGGAGAAACAGAAGCUCUCGGUUUUGCUGAUGUUGCAAGAUGCAAAGGCAGAAGAGAUCAUGACUUCUGUCAAAGAGCAGGAAGCCAUCCGGAAGCUCAUGGUUUUCUUGCAGGAAUGGGACAGUGCCCACAAAGUUGCUCGAAGCCGCAUCCUUGACAACUUCAUUAAAAGCAAUAACGGCAAGACAGAACCAGAGCUAGAGCUGGAGUUCUCUCAGGGAGCCAGCUUGUUUCUGGCUCGCCUAACGGCAUGGCUCAGGAUGACCUACAUGUACAGCACAUGCCUCAACAAGCUGCUCAAGUCCAUUGGCAUCUUCUUAUCUGCUGCAAGUGGACGCAGAUACCUUAUUGAAUUUCUGGAGAUCGGAGGCGUCUUGAUUCUCCUGGAAAUACUAGGGCUGAACCACCUGAAAGAAGAGGACAAAAGGGAGUCUGUAAAGCUGCUGCAGCUCGUCGCAGACGCUGGCAGGAAGUAUAAGGAGCUCAUUUGUGAAAGCUACGGGGUGCGAUCCCUCGCCGAGUUCUUGGCCGCUUCCAACUCAGCAGAGGCUCUAGAAGACGUGCAGGUCCUGCUGGUGUCUCUGGGCCGCGGCAAUUCCAAGUACCAGAACCAAGUCUACAAAGGCCUCAUUGCCGUGCUGCCGUGUGCCUCCCCGCGAGCCCAGCAGCUGGCUCUGCAGGCGCUUGGGGCCAUGCAGGACAUUGUGGGAAAGGCACCCUCCAUCCUCGUGGAGCCUGUGCUGGAUGUGCUGUGCUCGGUCCACCUGGAGGUCCAGUCCGAAGCCAUCCAGCUACUGAGGGCCCUCAUGGCACACGAGGUCCGGCCAGCCCUGCUGAAAGGCCUGGUUGCAUUCCUGAUGCCACCCAGGAAGAAAAUGUUAACCUUCUACAACACGACUGCCAAAGACCCUGCCACACUUUGCCUGAAGCAGCCCGUGCUGGUGUAUAUUCAACAGGCAGCUGCCGCAAAAGCCAUUGGCAUAUUAGCCAAGGAGUCAGCAGAAGUGGCUGAAGAGCUGCUCCAGCUGAGAGUGGUACAUGGCCUGAUGGUUGCUGUGGGGAACCUGGAUCAUCUGGCCAGCCAGAGACACGCCAGCAUCUCCCUGGAGUAUUUUGUCCACACAUUUCCCUUUGUGGAGGAGUGCGUAAAGAAGGCACUAGGACACACACUGUUCCGGCACUUUAUGGACAGUCCUGAGACCUGGUACACAAAAAUGGAUCCAGUCCAGGCUGAAGAACUGGCCUCCAAUAGAGUAGACAUCCCCAGAGACAUGGCAAGGAUGCCGUCCACAGAAGGUGAGCACUGUCCAGCAGAAGAGAAAUACAGCUUCAAUCCAGAACCAGAUCUGGAAAUCUAUCAAGAUUCACAGUGUUCCUGAAUGCUUUUGACAAGCAUUACCAUACAUCCUUUCAGAGAGUGGAAUGCUUUCCAGGAAGGAAUGAAGCAGCCUUUUGUGAACUAAAUGAAGGCAAGCUACUGAGCUUCAAAUGUGCAAGUGUCAUCUUGUAAGAUAUGACAAAAGUGACAGUCUUUUUACUUGUCACCUCAUCAGAGGGGUGUAGAGGCAUGUAAAGCAGAUACCAGGAGGUACUCACUAUGCUCUCACAGGGGUUCCAGGACCACCACAGAAACCUGAGGCUCAGUCCCUGCAAAUCUACCUUGCCCUGCAGGUACCCAAAGUUAACCAUGGGGCACUCGAAACACACUUUCACCAUCUGCUUAGAGGCAUUUGAGUUCUUCAGGUCCUUCAGAUUUCACCCAAAGUCUCCAAGGUGUCAUACUCUAUUAGUUCAUAUCAAAGUCCAUCAAGAACACAAAGAGUUUUGUGCCAUCUGUAGGGCUGUGUCAGGGACUCAUUCUUAGCACACCACUUACAGAUGGGACCCAAAGUACUACAAAAAGUAAAGAGCAUGGAGGUAACCAUUCAGGACAUCCCUACAAAAACCAGGGCAGUCUGAAGUCUAGCAUGAGAGACUCCUCUGAGGAAAGGAGACAUUAGUCACAGUUUAAUACAAUCUCUGUUAUGUCUCACACAGAGAACACCCAGGUUAGUUUCAUAAUACAGCUCUAAGAUAAUUUGCUCCUAACAACCAACCUCCAAAUUGCCAUUACAGGCAAUGACAGGAGAACUUUUGGUCAGAAUAAAAGCAGCCAAAACACCUUGUGCAACGUGAGUAGAAUCCCCAGGUCAGAAAGGCCAUUACCUGUCAGCAUAUCUCAGUGUGUUUAAGGUAUACUCGCACGAACUCAUGCCUGGAGAAAUCAUUGCUAUCUGCAAACAGAACAGAAGACCUCAGUGAUUCCCACAUCUGACUUUCACUGAUGUUAAUGGCCCUACAGAUCUCACCAGGCAGCUGGGAUGUGUUAGGGCAUGGUGAUAUUGGGUUGACAGUUGGACUUGAUGAUCUUAGAGGUCUUUUCCCACCUCAAAGAUUCUAUGAUUCUAGGGCAAAGGGUCAGAGUUGAGACAUUCAGACAAGUCCAUUUUUCAUUAUAGCUUCUGUGUGACAUGCCAGCGGCCCUGUAUCCAGCUUUCCACUGGCUUUGUGUGCACCCUUUGUGGGAAGCAAAGCCCUUUGAGGGCGCACCAGGCUCUACUGUAGAUUCACUGUGUGAAAGUGACUUCUGCAGUCCUGCUUCUACUGGGGCUGGGCAAAGCUCACCAGUUUUUGAUCUCUGCCACCAUGGGCAAGUGGAGGAAGAGAACUGACUUUUUCAGAGAACCAAAGCUUUCUGACUUUAAAGUCCCCUCACUCUAGAAGAGGAGCGUGUGGCUAUUUGGUCAAAUUGCAGAGCCCAUAAGCAGUGUGUGUGUUUGUGCCACACACAUACUCACCAUACAGGUCCUUGAGUUUGUUCCUAUGAAGGAGUCUCUUAGCACCUGGGUCAGCUUGCUCUCCCGGAAAGGGGUAUGAGAUUUGUUCUGCCCUAAAGCUCGGAUACAUUCCUAAGAAAAGACAAGUCUUGUGAAUGCAAUAUCUGCAUCUCUUCUCAAACAGCUCUGCAAGCUAUCAACCACCAAUUGCUGGUAAACCCAAGAGACUGGAGAACAGUCAUCCCUAUUGCUCUGUAAGUGCUUCACAGCCUUUUAAAUAUACUCCAGGUACUUGACUGUCACAGGACAGCUGGUAUAUCCAUCACAUGCAAAAAAACCAAAAGACAACUUGAAUGAAGCUUGAAACGGCUGUACCAGUGUCUGGCCUGACAAGACCACACUGCUUUCCUGGAAAUAUUCUAAAUGGAUUUUUUGGCUAUUUUUUUCCCUUGCACUGGAAAGAAACAGAACAGAUAACCCCAGAGUUGAACAGAAUCCAUGUGUUGAUUAGCGCUAUUUGCUCCAGACACUAUAGCUCACCUUCAAAGCCAGCAAGCUCUUAUUGAUUUCUGCACCUUCCAUUCGUGUCUGCCGAUCAGCACUAGAUGUGUCUGCACCCCUCUCAUUUCCUGCCAGAUCCACCAAGGAAAAUUUGCCAAGUAGUUUCCCUCUUCGGCGUAGUAUGAUUUGGAAGCAGGCGUGUGACCGUGAAGAGCUAGCAUUUGCAAAAGUCUGCCCAGAUGUCCUACAGCAAAGAUGCAAACAAGCAUUAGAACUAUGUCACAGAAAAUGCAACAGGUGCCGACAGUGACCUGCAGCCAUUCAAUUAAGUUGUUUAACCUCCACGGUUUUAUCCCACACAUUAAUACCUCAAAGUUUGCAGUAAUUAUAGAAUUACCUCUGAUAUAAGAGCACAGAAGUACUACUGUGAGAAACAUGACCCUGCACCCCAGUUGUAGAUUUAAGGCUAUUUAAUCUGCCUGGCUCAACUCAGCCAUCCUACACUGGAAUGCCUUUCUGACUGCUGACACCUUACAUGCAUUUGGAGCUGAAAGAUGUAUCUUCAGCACUGCAUCUCCCUGCCUCAGAGCAAGCCACAUGUCAUUUUCCUAAUGCAUCUGCCAUUACACAGUAAGCUCAGCUAAGCUCCCCAGUGAGCAGCAUUAGCUCUGCUAGCACAUUGCAAUCAUGGUAAAUCCCCUUCUCCAGCCAAGCUGCCUUGGCACUACCUCUGCUGUGCAACUGCACCUGCCCCAUCACCACAAGACAAAGACUGGAGUCCUAUAAGUUACCAUAAACCUCCCUGUGAUCUUCACUAUCACCCCCUGAGAACGCUGGCAGGUUCACUGUCCCACCUGAGUCCCUGUUGCUGGGGGAAAGGGAGGGAGGUUGUCCUAAAGUAAGGCAGGAGUCUGAAAUAUUAAGCAGUUCUUGGCUGAACUGUCUGAAAUGCUAAACAGUUCUUGGCUGAACUGUCAAAGCAGCACACACAGCAGAGUGCUGGAUGCACAUAUCUGCACAUGCAGUGUAAUACAGAAGCCAGGGAGUUCUCAUUUGCCUAGUAAUGUUUCCACAGCAGUUGCAACUAAGACAGAUAAGGCUUGGUAAUGGAGAUUUUAGCUCCUGAUUAAAGACACCAGCACAAUGGUAGAGUUGCCCUGACUGCAGUCUUCCUGCCAGGACGACGAGCCAAGCCUACGGCUGUCCCUUGGCACCUACUCUCAAGGAUUCUUUAGACAAGAUCCCUGAACAAGAUGCAGCAUUUUUGUUGCUAUUGGAAUAGCUCAUCUGGCCUGCAGUUAAGGCAAAGCAUUUUUGCAACUGUAGGCUGAUGCCAGCUGCUCCUCCUUGAUCUUACAAGCCCACAGGGAGCUACUUGUGCUCCUGUAAACUAGCUGAUACUUCUAGAAAGCAGCUAAACUGCUCAGUUUAGCUAUGGCACCAGGACAGCCAUCUCCUCAUGUAAGUAGUUUCUCUCCUCUUGGAGUUACAUGAGAACAUGUGGACCAUGAAUUCUGACCUUCUCUAUGGAAGGCAGGCUAAACCUAUCCCUGCUAGCCCUUUAUUCUGUAACCACCUUCUUGUUUUCAGGCAGAGAUGCUGCUCAGUGCCUGCCUAUUACUGGGAACAACAAGCUCCUGUUUAAGUCUCAAAGCACCAGCUACAGACAUAUAUUUUUUUGUAGACAUGACUCUUCUUAGUGGUUUUAAGGCACCAAACCUGCAGGCACUGCCCAUCUCAAUCAUUCUGAUGACAUCCUCAGCACAGCCAACUUGUCUCUCUUGGAGACCAACAACCUGGACCUGCUGCUUGCCGUCCUCCAGGACUCGAAGCUUUGCCUUCUUAUUCAAGAGGUCGAACACCUAUAUUCAGGGAACAAGUUUGAGGCAAAUCUGAAUGAAGUCUCCUUGUAAAUAUUCUGUGCUGUUUUUAUAGAAAGCUAUAUAGAAACAGCACCUUUAACAUAGCUUUCCAACUCAAUUCCAAACACACCAAGAGCAGACUGUAUAGAACUACAGAAACCAGUAAGUUUCACAUAGCUUCUUAUGAAACAUUCAGCCAAAGAAGUCAGGUUAAGAUUUUUUAAAGAGUCUUACCUUUCCAUUGUAUAUUUCAAAGAAAGUCACAUAGACUUCUAGGUUCUGACUCCUAUACCUGGGCUGGUUUAGGAGGAGGAAGACAUCUUGUGCUAGUGAGGAAAGGCAGAGUUUAGCUAACUAGUUUAAAACAUGUUCUAGUUACUAUUUGAUCUACUUUCAAACAUUGCACAGCCAUAAGGCAGUGUCUAGCACAGCCAAAUGACAGUUGCCCUAAACAAAUGCUAGUGGAACAAUUAGUGCUGGGCUACCAUCUGGAGAACAGUUUCAGCAGCAUCCUCAUCCAGGGACUGAAAUCAGGAGGAUUCAGAAGUUUCUACUGCUAAUAUCACUUGCAGACAGCAAUCCUUACUGAUCCUGGGGGAACACUGGCAUCUGCUAUUGUUUUGGACAGGCCUGAAAAAGUAAGGUAUUUGUGUUUCAAGCACUUCUUGCUGAAAGCCUAGAAAACAUGCAUCCCUGAGCACCUGCAUUGCUGCUGUUUGGAGACAAUAUAACAAAUUAGUUGACCCUUUGGCUGGAUCCAGUACAGCUUCUCACAAUUAGUCUUCAGACUUUGAAAUUAAUCUGAAAAGCAAAGACUUUCCUUCAGGGCCAGUCAUAACUAAUUUUCAGAGACUAGCAAACAGCUGCUCUUGUUUCAACUGCAUUGCUACACAGACUAGUUUCACAAUAUGCUUUUCUAAAGGGAAGGUGGAAGAGGUCAGGGUUCAUGGUGCUUUCUAGGCAUUAUAUCAAUGAGAGGCUUCUAAGCAUCUGUUUUCUGAAAUAAUUUCCAUGUGCCAGUUUUUUUGCAACUAAUGCUUACAGGAAGAAACAUAACACAUACGUUCGUAUGCUUUCUGUAUAACAAGCUUUAUAUCAGAAAUAGCUAGAUUUUGUUGCAUCCUAGUCAGGUGUUUCCAAACAUCAUCCUUAGUCUGAGGCAAAAGCAAAGCAGAAGGAUCAAAAUUAAAUGGUUCAGCCCAGAAAUUAUGUCAUCUCUUUGCCUCAAAAGCAAAUAUCUUCUGUCCAAUUGUGUGGAUCUAGAAACUUACAGGCUGGAUGGAAAAUAUUUUGUGAAACUGAUAAAAAAUAAUCAUACCACCUGCAACAAGCA